AUGGGACGAAAUCCACACGUGGAUUUCUAUUCAGAUUUGCUAAAACGCGUCACCAAAGCUCGAGAUCUUCCCACUGGCAAAAGAGUCCACUCCCAAAUUCUCGCAGCCAGCGAUCUCAAAACCAACAGUUUUCUAGCGUGCGGGAUCAUAGAUAUGUAUGGAAAGUGUGGCAGCGUCUGCGACGCCCAGGAAGUUUUCGCCACCCUCCCAUUUCCAAAUCUCUACGCGUGGAACACCCUCCUCACGGCUUAUACCCACAAUGGGUAUCUCCAGGAAGCUCGAAAACUCUUCAUUGAAAUGCCACAGAGAAACGAGAUUUCAUGGAAUGCCCUGAGCGCCACGUACACACAGCAUGGAUUCUGUGAUGAGGCAGCCAACAUUUUCAUAAAAAUGCCCAGCACGACCGUCCGAUCUUGGUCGAGCAUCGUUACGGCAUAUGCCCAAUCUGGGCAUCUUUUCCAAGCCAAGAGCCUGUUUGAUUCCAUGCCGGAACGCGACCUUGUUUCCUGGACGUCGAUCUUGGCUGGGAUGGCGGGAUCGACGGACCAGAUCAAAGCCGCUACGGACGUCUUCCAUCGAAUGCCCGGCUGGGAUUCCCCGUCGUGGAAUGCCGCCAUAGCCGGACUCAUUCUGGUAGGGAAUCUGGAAGAGGCGAGGGUCAUGUUCCAUGGGAUGCCGGAAAGGACUGUCUUCUCAUGGACGGCCAUGAUUCUAGCAUUCUCCCAGAAUGGACAGCAGGAGCAAGCGGUGGAGAUUUUCUCCAGGAUUCCGCAGCGAAAUGUGGUGACGUGGAAUGCUAUGAUCGUGGCAUUUGCGUACAACGGGCAAGUUGGUGCAGCAAAGGCUGCGUUUGAUGGAAUGAAACAAAGAGAUAUUGUGACGUGGACGGGACUCGUCAACUGCUAUUUCGAUUUAGGGCUAAUGGAGAAAAGCAUUGAGACGCUGAACAAAAUGCCUCAACACACACUCAAGUGUCUAACUUCACUUCUUGUAGCAUUUGCCGAUUGCGGGCAUUUAGAAAGUUCGAAAGAUCUCUUUUUGAGGAUGCCAGAGAUUGAUAUAGUAGCGCUUACUGCUAUGCUCUCAUGCUACGCACAUGCAGGCGAAGUAGAGCUAUCGAAAUAUAUUUUUGAUGGCAUGUCUAAUCGCGAUGCUGUGGCAUGGACUGUGAUGCUCGCGGCAUAUGCCCACGCUGGGCAUUGCUGCGAGGCGAUGCAAACGCUCGCGGCUAUGGCGGUGGAGGGGAUCAAGUGCGAUGAGAACGCGUUCAUCUCCAUUCUCAACGGGUGUAGCCACUCGGGCCUGGUUGAAAUCUCGCAGUGGUGCUUCCAAUCCAUGGUGGCAGAUUACAAUCUUGUGCCAUGGGUGGAGCACUUCUCGUGCAUUGUUGAUGUUCUUGGGCGAUCAAAUUGCUUGCAUGAGGCCGAGGAGCUUCUCCAUGCAAUGCCUUUCUUGCCCGAUGUUGCAACCUGGUCGAGUCUUCUCAGUGCGUCUGAGACGCACAAGGAUUUGGGAAGGGCAUGGCGAGCGGCACAGCACAUCUCGAAGAUAGAUCCAUCUCAAGGCGUGUCUUAUGUAUUGCUCUCCAAUAGCUUGAAUAGAGGCAUAGCUCCUGACAAGUAUUAA